AUGGCGGAUGAUGAUGAAAAACCACCGAUGGCUGUUCAAAUCCAACCUGAUUAUUCCGCCGGGAAGAAUCUCUCCGUGGAAGAAUCAAGCGACGCUGUUUCUGUUGGGGUUACUGUCAUCACUGGCUAUCUCGGCGCCGGAAAGUCCACCCUUGUGAAUUAUAUCCUGAACGGGAAACACGGGAAGAAAAUCGCAGUGAUAUUGAAUGAGUUUGGGGAAGAGAUUGGAGUUGAGAGGGCGAUGAUAAACGAAGGAGAAGGAGGUGCCCUUGUUGAAGAAUGGGUCGAGCUUGCUAAUGGCUGUAUUUGCUGCACUGUUAAACAUAGCCUUGUUCAAGCCCUCGAGCAACUUGUACAGAGAAAAGACAGGCUUGAUCAUAUAUUGCUGGAGACAACAGGAUUAGCAAAUCCUGCUCCACUGGCUUCUAUUCUUUGGUUGGAUGAACAGUUGGAAUCAGAAGUAAAGCUUGACUGUAUUGUUACUGUCGUGGAUGCAAGGAACCUUCGUUUUCAGCUCAAUGAGCGCCGUGACUCAUCCUCAUUUCCCGAGGCUUUUAAUCAAAUAGCAUUUGCGGACACAAUAAUAAUGAACAAGGUUGAUUUGAUUUCUGAAGAGGAAUCUGAUGAACUGGAGAAGGAAAUUCAUUCCAUUAACUCGCUCGCCAAUGUCAUCCGUUCUGUUAGGUGCCAAGUUGAUUUGUCCAAUAUAUUAAACUGCCAGGCAUAUGAUUCAACUCAUGUUAGUCGUCUGGAAUCUCUGCUAGAAGCAAAUAAAUCAUUAACCACAACAGACCUUCACGAUAGUGGAGUGAGGACUCUAUGCAUCAGUGAACCGCAACCUAUAAACCUCGACAAGGUUCGUUUGUGGCUUGAGGAAAUUCUGUGGGAUAGAAAGUUGGAGAUGGAUGUAUAUCGCUGCAAGGCUGUGUUGAGCAUUGAAAACUCAGACCAGCUGCAUAUUUUACAGGCCGUUAGAGAUAUAUAUGAGAUAGUUCCUGCACGAAAAUGGAGCGAAGAAGAGAACCGAAUGAACAAAAUAGUAUUUAUAGGACACAAACUGGACGAAGAAGCUCUCAGAAGCGGAUUAAGAGAUUGCAGACCCUGA